GGCCUGGGCGCCGUGCGCCAGAGCUUGUGGCGUCAAUGCGGCCGCUGUGUCCAUGGAGAGAGGCUGAGGCGGCCGAUCUCCGGCCCGAGGCACCGGGGCGCCGGGACGGCGAGGAUGUCGGCUUCGUUAGUCCGGGCCACUGUCCGGGCUGUGAGCAAGAGGAAGCUGCAGCCCACCCGGGCCGCCCUCACCCUGACACCUUCAGCAGUAAACAAGAUAAAACAACUUCUUAAAGAUAAGCCUGAACAUGUAGGUCUGAAAGUUGGUGUCCGAACCAGGGGCUGUAAUGGCCUUUCUUACACUCUAGAAUAUACAAAGACAAAAGGAGAUUCUGAUGAAGAAGUUGUGCAAGAUGGAGUCAGAGUGUUCAUUGAAAAGAAAGCACAGCUAACACUUUUAGGAACAGAAAUGGACUAUGUUGAAGAUAAAUUAUCCAGUGAGUUUGUUUUCAAUAACCCAAACAUCAAAGGAACAUGUGGCUGUGGAGAAAGCUUUAAUAUUUGACUGCUCUGGCUGUAAGCUCCGGGAAAACUCGUGGAAGUCCUCGGGCGUACUGCAGAAAUGAUGUGACUGUCACGUGCUGAAAGUUUAUAAUGUAUGACUGCCUUAUGAGGAAAAUAAAAUAAUGCAUUUUGAAAGUGAAGCCAGUAUGUUAGAUUUCAGAAGUGAUAUUUGGUUUCUUUUCAAAGGUCAGAAAACGAGAAGCCAUUACUCUCUGAGCAUUUUCCUGAUCUAUAAAGAAAAAAAAAAAUCCUACCCCGCACUUCAUUGUCUUGUAUCCUUUUUAUUAGAACCAGUUUCAUGCAAGUUGCCUUCCCGGGAGGCUGUCAGGACAUGUACUUAAUACACGUGCGCUCCAUAGAUGGCCGUUGAAUGGUGCGAAUGUGCAUUUACCAGCCACAUUGAUGGCUCUUAAAAUUCAGAGGCAGCAGAUCCUGACUGCUGGCAUGACUUCGAAAUGCAGUUUUUCUACCCAAACUAGGCACAGUAUUUCUACAUAUUUAUCCCAAAUUUUAUUGUCAGAUGCCUCAUUUGCUUUCCCCUGUAGCAGCACCCGCGGGUAGAUGAAAGCAUCGAACAAAGAUUUCCUUGAAUUGCAGUGCAGUACAGUUCUGAGCAGUGGCAUCGACAGGUAAGAGUUACUUAACCCGCCAUUUUUAGUCCAUUUCUUUGCCACCCUCACUGUCUCCUCAACGGUGGAGUCUCAGGCUGGCUUAGAUUCUUGUGGUUGAAAGGUGUCUCAAAAGCCAUCCAGCCCACCCCCUCAAUUGUGUACCUGGGGCACAAGCCCCGGGGAAGCGGAAAGACUUUCAUCCACCCUCACACCGUCGGCUCGGCAGCAGUGGAGUUGGGACCACUGUCCUGUCCCCUUGUGGGGGACACGCCGGCUCUACAGUCUGAUGCAGGCAGUGAUGGUCAGCGUGUGCUCUGGCUUCUUUAUGUGGUUGGCAUUCUGAUAAGAUUUCCUUGUAAUUUGACGAAGAUCAUUACCUAGUUUAUUUUAUUUUGAGUGAGAAUAUUCUUUCAAAACCCACAUAUGUGAAUUACUGACUUGCUUCUUUAGGACUAUGAGAUGUGGUUUACUCUAACAGAGAGGACAUUGUAGCGUGCCAGAAACAUCCUUUUAGGAUGUUGUAGUUAAUUUUGAAGCAAAACGUUGAGGGUCUUUUCUUCAAAUUCCCAGGACGUGUACGUUUUCGGGAUCUCAAGUUCAGUGACUGAAAUUCGUAACAUUGUUAGCACUACCGGUUCUUUGAAAGCAGUCCUUUUGUCAUUUCGUGAUUUUCCUUCCUGGGUUUGACAUAUUAAGUGUUCUAUGAGAUGACACGUAACGCUUUUUUUGAAAGCUGGUUCUCACGAAGCAGCCAUCACACUUCUGUCCGUCCUAUUUACUGAAGUACCCUGCACAGAACACACCAAAACCUAGCACGGUGGCUCUGUAGAUGGUCAUGAGUUCACAUUGUUAAUAGAAUUGUCAGUCCACCUGAAAUUUGUGCAAUACUGUACGUGUGUAGAGAAUGAAUUGUCAAUAAAAAGGAAUGUGGCCUCUG